CCAGUCUCGCGUCCAGAGCCGUUUUCGGACGCUCGCGGGGCUCGGCGAGGGCCCCAAGAGGCCGCUCACGGGCGCGGCCGCGCAGGAUAGCAAGAAGUGUUCCUUGCCCCGAUCCCGCCGUCGGUCUUGCGCCCUCGUCGCCCGAUUCGAGCUGUCCCGACCCCGCCCUCGCCUUAACGCCCCGGGCCCCCCGCGGAGCGCGAUGUCGCUCGCCUUCGCCGCCGCCCCCGCCACCGCGGCGCCCGGCAUCGCCGCGCCGCGCCUCCGGAGGGCCGCGCCGGGCGCCGCGGCGCCGGAGGCGGGCGCCGCCUUCGCGGGCGGCGUGGCCUCGGUGGGGUUGGGCGCGGCGGCGAUCGCCGUGGGGUCGUCGGUGGUCACGCGCCGGGCAGCCGCGGUGAAGAAGAAGGGUGUGAAGGUCGUGCAGCAGCUGGACGGCAGGGAGAUCCCGUGGAACCUGUUCAUGCCGAAGGCGCCCUACCAGGGCACCGUGAUCAAGAACGACGUGCAGGCGCACACUAUCACCAAGCCCAACAGCAGCGCCCCGGGCGAUGCCAACUGGGAAACGACGCACGUGACCUUCGACCACGGCGGCAAGGUGCCGUACGUCGAGGGGCAGUCCAUUGGCGUCAUCGCCCCAGGCCCCGACAAGAAGGGCGAGACCCCGGCCAAGAUCCGCCUCUACUCGAUCGGCUCGUCGGCGGUCGGCGACUGCCAGGACUCCAAGACGGUCUCCCUGUGCGUCAAGCGCGUGGUCGAGGUGGAGGAGGAGAAGUGGCCCCUCAAGCACUCCAACCGCGAGGUCGGCGAAGACAAACCCGACAAGGCCGGCACUUGCUUCCCCGACGCCAAGGUCUACCGCGGCGUGUGCUCGAACCACAUCUGCGACAUGAGCGAGGGCGACGAGGUGCUCAUCACUGGCCCGACCGGCGCCGAGAUGCUCCUGCCGAACGAGCAGGACUCAAUAUCAUCAUGCUCGCGACGGGCACCGGCAUCGCACCGAUGCGCUCCUACAUGCGCCUGCUCUUCCACGACAAGGUCGGAGCCAACCCCGACGGGUCCCGGAAGUUCCAGGGCCUGGCGUGGCUCUUCCUUGGCGUCCCGUACUCGAACUCGCUGCUCUACGUCGACGAGCACGACGAGUACACGAAUUCCCCGACCAGUUCCGCGCAGACUACGCGGUGUCGCGCGAGCAGAAGAACGCCGCCGGCCAGAAGAUGUACAUCCAGACGAAGAUGGCCGAGUACGCAGAGGACCGGCUCUGGGAGCUGAUGCAGUCGCCGAAGACGCACAUCUACAUGUGCGGCCUGAAGGGCAUGGAGUCCGGCAUGGAGGAGUGUUUCUCGCCUCUGGCGGAGAAGGCGGGCGUGGACUGGAAGGACUUCGCGAAGGAGAUGAAGAAGGCCCACCGCUACCACGUGGAGGUGUACUGAGCCCAGAGGCGCACGUGGCGAGGCCGAGCGAGACGAGUCCGAAAGUUGAUGCUGAUGCAGAUGUUUCGUUCCUCCUCUGCAACGGCGAGGGGCGGCCUGUAAAAACAAACUUGUCUGCCGGCGGAACAGUUUGUCUUCAAUGUUGCCCUUCGUCGCCCUGCGUUGCCCCGCUCUCAGACCGGGCCCGCUGCCCUUGGUGUUUUUGUUGCCCUUGUUUUAUUCGGCGCCUCGCCGGCGCUCCAGCACACAGGGCGGAGGACGAGGGGAUUGAGGAGGAGGAGGAGGAGCUUCUGCGAGGGCCCAUGCCGCCCUCUCAGACUAAGGCCGCCCCGCUCGCGCCACCUCAACGCGCGCGCCGCCAGGGAGGCGGGUUGGUUGCGUGGGCACUCGAAGGGCUCGAAGAGGAGGGGACUCGCACUCCUUAGCCAGGACUUGUGUGCACGUCAGUCUUCGCCGCAGUCGAUGCGGCCACCUGGUCGGACACUACGCUGGCGGCCAA